CAAACACGUCAUAGCAACUGCCGUCCAAUCACGAUGCACGGAACUUUGUUUAUGAAUCAAGUGGGCGUGGCCGUGAGUUCCUCAGAUCAGUGGGGCCAACUCGUCAUCUCAGAUCAGUCAGCGUUUGUGAACGUAAGUUCGGGGCCAAGUCGGGAAGAAAUCACUUAAAUUUUCUUGCAGUCGGGGAUUUCUUGGGUUGUAGUCUGUCAACUCUCACUGCGUGAAUUGUAAACAGGCUAAUUGCAGACCUGGCUGUGCUCCAAAUGUAGUUCUACACACUUUUGAUUUUGAGAGAAGUUUGGCAGCGUUUUUGUGGGAAAUGCUUCCUGGGAUAAACAAGAUUUACUCUCGAUUCUAAAGACACGCGUCGGCUUGAAAAACUGCGCCUGAGCUUUAGUGGUGUGAUAUAAAACGAGAUCUAUGAGAAUGGAUCAUAAGUUAUUCUGUAUAUGAGGCAGUAGACUUGAGGUUGUGGUAGCUAUAGACGAACUUAUCUUAGGUCUGUGGUUCGUUCACACGAGCAAGUUUUGGCAACCGCACUUCGCUCUACCACAACAGCAACAUGAUGUUAAACAUUCAUGCGGUAUGUGUAUUGGUGGCAUCCUUGUCCAUGUUUGCUAGCCUGGUAUCUGCUUCAUCAGUGCAUGCAGCUGCUGAUAAAUGGCAUAGAUUCAAGCUACCUAAACCAGAAGGGGCUGGAGAGAAUGCCCAGGCUGAGAGCGUCAUCUUGGAUGAGGAGGUUGAAGGGAGCGAAGAGGACUUGAUAAAGCAAGACAAAGAGACAGUAAACCAAGACGGGAUAAGUUUAUAUUGUGAUGCAGAGUGUGAGGUUUCGGAUGUAGCAUCUCAGAGGAACUACACCGUUGAUGAGGCUGAAGAGAUGUUAGCGUUUGAAACUCUUUACCCCAAUGGCACCAGAACGUUGACUAGACCUCGCGUUCAAGAGAAAAUGGUGAAUUACAUUAACAGGUGGACGCAUACCGUGAGGAAACAAAAACAGAAAGCUGCUGGUGGGGCAAAGAGACGCAGGAAACGCGCCGUCUUUGGGUUAGACUCACGGUUCGAGAUAAAUGUCAUGAAAUACGUCACGAUGUACCCUUUCUCUGCAACCGUUAAGCUUUCUGUCGGGUGUAGCGGGGUCCUCAUAGCGCCCCAGUACGUCCUUACGUCUGCUCAUUGCAUCCAUAACGGAAAACGUUACGUCGUAGACGUUAAAGAAAUCCGUGCGGGUUUCAGACGCGAGCGUGAACCGAUCCCGGGCGAGGAUCCGGACCUCGCAAAUGCUCAAGCUUUCUUCUGGAUUCGAGCCUCUAAAGUGUAUCUCCCAUACGAUUGGACCAAUAAGAAAUCCAAUCAGCUUCUACCUCUGGAUAAAGACUACGCUGUGAUUCUGCUCAAACGGAGUCCGGAGCGCCAACAUCUUGAAGUUGGUAUUGGCGACACCGGCAACAUACCCCUCGGUACCAUGGUUCACUUUGCGUCUUUUGACAUCCCAGACGACCCAACUCUGUUCUAUCGUUUCUGCACCGUGAACGGUGGGACGCAACAUCUAUUCUACCAACAGUGCGACGGGUCGCCAACCAGCAUUGGGUCGGGUAUCUACGUGAGACAGUGGGAACCAGACCAGGCGACUUGGUCUCGUAAAGUCAUCGGUAUAUACGGUGGGUUCACAUCCUACGUGAACUCUUUUGGAAUACGGGAAGAACAGAAUGUGGCCAUGCGAAUCACUCCAUUGAAAUUCGCUCAGAUUUGUUACUGGAUAACUGGUGAUUAUGGCGAAUGUAAAGGAUAAUAUAAAAAAGUAUUGUAUAUUGCAAAACAAAUUGCCAAGAUGAUUUUAUGAAAAUUGGGUACAGCGUCCAUAUCUCUUCCCUACAAAACAAUUGUAUAAGAUUAUUUUAUUAUAAUUUUCUUGUGUUAGGGCCUAAUAGUUUUAUUAUCGUUUUAAGUGCCACGCCCACCUUUUGAAAAAUUUACAUUAUUUUAUUAUCAAAUUAACACUUUAUUUUAUUUUGGAAGUUCUCAGUCAAUCCAUUUUUAAGAAAGUAUGCUACAAUAAUAAUUGUAAACUCUUCGAAAACGGAACUGCUUAUCUUAUUUAGCCUACUACAAUUACGUUACGGGUGCUGUUCCUUAUUUGUUUGCGUUUGAAUUGCAUAUAGCAUUUAUCUUUAAAGGCACUGGACACAUCAUGGUAAUUGUCAAAGACCAUUAUUCUCACUAGGUGUAUCCAAAAACAUGCACAUAAUUAACAAAGCUCUGAAAAUGUUAACUCAAUUGGUAAUUGAAGUUGUAGUAGGAUAGUGAAAGAGGCAACAGCCCUUGUUGCACAAAUUAGUUUGUGUGUUUUCAGGUUGAAAUGAGCUGAGUUUUCUUAAUAUUUGAGGGAGAAAAUACCUCUUUCUCAAAACUACGUACUAAAGAGUGAGCCGUUUCUCACAAUGUUUAUACUAUCAACAGCUCUCCAUUGCUCGUUACCAAGGAAGUUUCAAUGCUAAAAAUUACUUUGAGUAAAUACCGAAACUGUCCAGUUGCCUUAUAUUAAAGAAAAAAAAAAAAAAAAAAACAGACGGUCUUUGAUAGUUAGAAAUGGUCCGAGUUCGUCAUAUGCCCAGUUGUAUUUGUACUAUUACGAAUACUUUCACACGUGCAUAUACACGAACUGCACUUAUUAAAUUGUCUGCAAUAGAACCAGUGACCCUUUUCGAAACCACGGCUUCGGCUUCGGCUCUGGAUUCGGCUCAGGCUAGCUUGGCCCCGCGGUUGUUUUGACAAUUGCGCAUGCUUUGCAUACACGCCCUGGGAUGGGUUUCACAAAGAGUUAGGACUAGUCUUAUCUCGAGUAAGGACAAGAUUCUCCUAACUUAGGACUAGCCUUAA